AUGAUUCAUUAUACAAGAACAGUUAAGAGUAUUACUAUUGCGAAUCUUAUAAAUGUGAACAAAUGUAAGUGCGUUAUUAGGAAAAUACACAAUGUUGGCCUAAAUGAUAUACCGAAAAUAACAGCGACAGAUAUUCGAAAACUAUUACGACAAAAGGGUUUUGCAGUUCAAGAUGGAUAUACAGCCCUAACCACAAAAUGUUCUAUAUGCUCAGGAGAUCAAAAAUGUUCUGAUAGCAAAGUAUAUGUUAAUAAAACUACAGGGUACUUUGUCUGCCCUAAAUGCAAUGUCCAUGGUGAUUGGAACAUAAUGGAAAGACUUGUAAAAAAAGCUAAAGUCGAAGCAACAAUCAAAGAUUUUAUUGAGCAGUGUCAACAAAAGGCAGAACAAUUUCAUAAAGCCUGGGAGACAGUAUUAAAUGAAACAACAUCAUUAACAAAAUUAAAUGAAACUGAAUUGUUAGAUUUGUUUAGGUUAUUUGAAUUACCUUUCCAUUCUGAAGCCAACAAAAUACUCUCAGAUGUGAGAGUUUCAUCUGACCGCACUGUAUUAUAUUUUCCCUUAAAAAAUUCCUUAGACAAAAUAGUAGGCUAUCGGAAAGUUCAAGCAGGGAGAGAGGACGAGACUGAAAGUUUUGGCCUGCACACUGCAGGGCUAUUCUCGUGCCGGGCCCCAAAAAUCAGUCGUAAUGAUGAAGCAAUUCUAGUUCCAACAAUAGAAGAUGUAUUAAAUUUAGCUGCACAAAAAGUUCCUGGAACCCUUAUAUGGUUGAGUAAUUGCAGCCUGCCGCCCAUAGUUCUGCCCACAUUAGAAAAUUAUCAAAAAUUGUGCCUAUGGGGCGACUGGGACAACAUGAGGGCUGUAGCCGAAAAACUAGGCGAAGAAAGAUGUAGAUUUGUAAGGCCCAUGGAUGGCCUGGUAACGGCAUCGGAGGCGGCAGCAGCAAACCUACCGCUGAAGUCAUUAGUAGCAGAGGCGAAGCCAGCUGCUCACCGUUCCAUUACAACAUUCGCCGCACUAAGGGACGAUGUCUACUUCGAAGUUACCAAUGUUGAUAAGGUUCGCGGUAUAAAAUGGCGUCGUUUCCCUGCACUGACACGUCUUCUAGGCGGGCAUAGGCGAGGCGAACUGACCGUAUUGACCGGCCCUACUGGCUGCGGCAAGACUACUCUCUGCGCCGAGAUGUCUCUCGAUUUGGCGCAACAAGGGGUAAACACGCUGUGGGGUAGUUUUGAGAUCCGCAACUCGCGAUUAGCUCGCACCAUGCUGCAGCAGUUCGCAGGCGUCCCUCUUGAGCAGAACCUUCAGGACUUCGACAAAUAUGCUGACGAGUUUGAAAAAUUGCCCAUUUACUACCUAGCCUUUCACGGACAACAACCGAUCAAAGUUGUUAUGGAGGCAGUAGAACACGCCCGCUACAUGCAUGAUAUAUCCCACGUAGUGGUGGACAACGUGCAGUUCAUGCUGGGUUUGGGAGAAGAGCGAGAAGGUGACCGCUACCAGCGGCAAGACGCUGUCAUCGCUGCCUUCAGGACCUUCGCCACUGCCAGGCAUUGUCACGUCACGCUAGUUAUGCACCCUAGGAAGGAAAGAGAAUCGGAAGAUCUUUCAACGAGUUCGAUAUUCGGUAGUGCAAAAGCGUCACAGGAAGCAGAUAAUGUACUUAUAAUUCAGGAUAAAAGAUUGACGGCAGUUCGCGGCAAGAAGUAUUUACAAGUUGCCAAAAAUCGAUACAGCGGCGAAUUGGGCAUCGUACCAUUAGAUUUUGACAAAGACGCACUCAGUUACCAAGCAAAGAAAAAAACAAAGAAGUCGCAAGACGAACCUGACAAACUUUUAAACCAAUGCUUUCAAGAAUAUUCAAUAGACGAACCGACUUACAUACAAGAUUUCGAUGAAAAACUAUCUAAACGCAAUUUAUCGGGGAAAUAUAAAAAUACCCGCAAUACGGAUCGAUCUAGUUUUUUAAGUGAUGUAUUAAAUUCAACAACAUAG